CGGCAAGUAGCCGUGCGAACUCGGUCCGGAUAUAGAUGAUUGACAGCUGAUCUUACUGAGAGACCCAUCUUCAGCUCCUACUACCAUUCACGAUGGCUCUCAUCGAGGUUAGUUGCUCACAUCCCAUAACCCUGACUUUCGAAUCGAAUCGGCUCCAGAUUAUCGCGAACGAUCGUCUCGGGCGCAAAGUGCGCGUCAAGUGCAGUCCCGACGACACGGUCGGAGAUCUGAAGAAGCUCAUCGCUGCCCAAACUGGAACUGACCACACGAAGAUUCAGCUCAAGAAAUGGUACACCAUCUACAAGGAUCAUAUCACGCUUUCAGACUACGAAAUUCAUGACGGGAUGAGUCUGGAGAUGUAUUAGGAGUCUCCGGUCUUUCUCUCCAUGGACAUCGGGCACACUGAACUGUAUUUCUCGCUACAAAUGUGAAUCUGCUACAUUACUAGAUUUGGUUAUGACAU